AUAUCUCUGACCGCUACCGUUGCUCCCUCCUUUCAACGUGCAAUUAUGGAAUCCUGUUAUAGUAGCCUUCAGACAUUUCGCCUGAUAGUGGAUGACAAGACAAAAAUUUUAACAAAUUAUCCACUUGCACAGUCAUUCCAGUUCUUCAGAAACAGAGAAACGUAAAACAACGUGUGCCAAAAUGCGGCAAGCGAUGGUAAAUUGUAAUCAGGUACAGACUGAGGUGAUAUCAGAGGGCCGGUGGAUAGAGGAAGAACCUUUACCUCAUUCCACCAAACAAAUAGUGCUCGUUAUAACAGGAAAUCCGGGUGUCCCUGGAUUCUACGAAAAUUUUAUCAAGGCAAUCAACUCGAAACUUUCAUUCGACACUCCUGUGUGGAUCAUCGGUCAUGCUGGACAUGUGCAACCCCCAGAGGAUCUAGCAAUUGCUAUGCCCACUAAUAAGAAGUGGCGAGAUCACUAUAGUUUGACAGCUCAAGUUCAGCAUAAGGUGGAAUUCAUAAAGACAUACGUUCCUGAGGAUGCUGAGCUACAUCUUAUCGGACAUUCCAUAGGUGCUUGGAUUGUACUUAAUUUGCUGAAAGACCAUGACAUCAAUAAAAGAAUAAAGAAGUGCUACUUAUUAUUCCCAACGAUAGAAUAUAUGGCAGAGACUAAUAAUGGCUGGAUCUUUCAUAAUAUUAUAUCACGUGUGGCACCACUAUGGAUCUUCUUAUCUUGGAUCUUUACAACAAUAUUUCCAUCAUUUCUGCAGACAUGUUUCAUAAGUAUUUUCAGCUUCUUUAAUGGCAUUCCAACAAGAUAUAUCAAGACAAUACAGAAAAUGCUGAAUCCAAAAGCUUUGUAUAGAAUAAUUAAUCUCGCAGUAGAGGAACUCAAGUAUGUUAAAGAGGCUGACCAUGAGACCAUAUCAAAAUACAGUGAUAAACUUUGGUUUUAUUAUGGCGCUUCUGAUGGUUGGGUCCCAAUUAAGUACUAUAAAAACAUGAUCUCAAAACAUCCCAAUCUCAAUGCUCAAUUAUGCCAGCGUGGUUUCAAACAUUCCUUUGUACUGAAAAACGAUAUGGACAUGGGCCAUAUUAUUGGAGACCUCAUCAACAAUAGCUGCCUUAAAGAUUGAUAUUUCUCAUUAGAGAAUUAUUAAUUUUUAUUAUUUUUUUUUCUCUGUUACAUGGUUGUGAACAUUGCAUUUCAAAUUACUUGAGUAUUUUUUUUUAUUAGAAUAAUUUAAUAUAUAAGAAUAUUAUUGUAUUUUAUUGGUAUUAAUAUUUAUAUUAUUUUUUUAUAUUAACCAGUAAACACAUGAUGAUACAAAGUAUCAUCCAUAUUACAAUGUCAGCUCAAUCAUAUAGUAUAUUAUGUAACUGUUUGUUAUAUAACAAAGUAAAAGUUACAUAAUAUGAUAAUACCAUAUGAUUGAGCUGACAUUGUAACAUUGAUGAUAUUUUGUGUUUACCGGGACCUUAUAUUUUGUGUAAGAGCAAACCAAUAGUCUGUAGUAUUUAAAAGAUAAAUUUGCAAUAUAAUAUAUAAUAUAAUGCAAUAUAAUAAAUAUUGGAUUAAAAAUGUAUUAUCAUUAUUUUAAUACAGUCAAUAUAUAUGCAAAUACUUUAGUACAUUUUAAUUCACUCAAUAUACUAGAAUAUG